UAAAGCAAAAGCAAAAGCAAAGGCAAGAUAUUUUUAUUUUGAAAUUUUGGGAACAACAUAGUACUUUGUUUUUCUCAAAUUCAAUCAAUCAUGGGUACCUCUCAAAGUCGCGAGGAUUACAUAUCAGACUCUGAUUAUGAAGAAGAAUCAGAAUCAGGAGAAUCAUCUCAAUACGACGACGCUCAAGAAACUAGCUCUUCUUCUUCAUCUAGAGGUACGAAAGCAACCCUAAAUUCUCUUGACGAAGUUGAUUCCAGACUCAAAUCGCUUAAACUGAAAUACCCGACUCCCCUAAACCCUAAUCUUAAAAACCCUGUUAAGCUUUAUCUCCAUAUCGGUGGCAACACCCCUAAAGCCAAGUGGAUCGUCUCUGAUAAGCUUACUUCUUAUAGUUUCAUCAAGACCCUAAAAGUUGACGGCGGCAACGCCUCUGAUGAUGAUGAUGAUGAUGAGGGUGAUGGUGGAGAUGGGUUUUGGGUUUUGAAAGUUGGGUCCAAAGUUAGGGCUAAGGUUUCGACUGAAAUUCAAUUGAAAAUGUUUGGAGAUCAAAGGAGAGUUGAUUUUGUUAACAAAGGUGUCUGGGCAUUGAAGUUUUUUGGUGAUUCGGAGUAUAGGAAGUUUGUGACUGAGUUUCAAGACUGCUUGUUUGAGAAUGUAUAUGGGCUUAAAGCCACCGAAGAGAACAAGAUGAAAAUUUAUGGGAAGGAAUUUCUUGGGUGGGUGAUGCCUGAGGCUGCUGAUGAUUCGAUGUGGGAGGAUGCUGAUGAUGGUUCAGGGAAAACACCUGAAUACGUGACACCUGUGAAGGGCAGUCGAGAUACGUUGGAGGAGUUUGAGGAGUUAGCUAAUGGAGGAGUGCAGAGUUUGACUUUAGGUGCAUUGGAUAACAGUUUCUUGGUUAACGAUUUGGGUGUGCAGGUUUAUAAAAAUUUUAAUCAUGGAAUUCAUAACAAAGGUGUUAGUGUGAGAUUUGAUAGUGGAAGUUCUAGAACUGGUUCAAACUCGGCUACUAAGAAGGCUCUGUUAAUGAGGGGGGAGACAAAUAUGAUGUUAAUGAGUCCAUUGAAAGAAGGGAAACCUCAUGCCUCAGCUAUUAAACAACUUGAUAUAGAGACGGGGAAGAUUGUGACUGAAUGGAAGUUUGAGAAGGAUGGGGCUGACAUUACGAUGAGAGAUAUUACUAAUGAUACAAAGAGUUCACAGUUGGAUCCAUCAGAGUCUACGUUUCUUGGGCUUGAUGAUAGUAGAUUGUGUCAAUGGGAUAUGAGAGACAGGGGCGGAAUUGUGCGGGACAUUGUGAAGGGUGAUUCACCAGUGUUGCAUUGGACUCAGGGGCAUCAGUUUUCGAGGGGCACAAAUUUUCAAUGCUUUGCGAGUACGGGUGAUGGAUCAAUUGUCGUUGGUUCACUUGAUGGGAAGAUAAGGUUGUACUCCAAAACAUCGAUGAGGCAGGCUAAGACUGCAUUUCCAGGGCUUGGCUCGCCGAUUACCCAUGUGGAUGUUACUUAUGAUGGGAAGUGGGUCUUGGGCACCACCGAUACAUAUCUGAUUCUUAUUUGCACGCUGUAUACGGAUAAAGAUGGAAGGACGAAAACUGGUUUUGGUGGGCGUAUGGGAAACAAGAUACCAGCUCCAAGAUUGUUGAAGUUGACUCCUUUGGAUUCACAUCUGGCUGGGAAUGAUAAUAAGUUUCAUGGUGGACAUUUCUCUUGGAUCACUGAGAAUGGUAAACAAGAACGCCACUUAGUUGCAACAGUGGGCAAAUUCAGUGUGAUAUGGGAUUUCCAGCAGGUGAAGAACAGUGCUCACGAAUGCUACAGGAAUCAGCAAGGUCUCAAGAGCUGUUAUUGCUACAAGAUUCUUUUGAAGGAUGAAUCAAUCAUAGAAAGUCGGUUCAUGCAUGACAAGUAUGCUGUUACAGAGUCCCCAGAAGCACCGCUGGUGGUGGCAACACCUAUGAAAGUUAGUUCUAUAAGCCUUUCUGGCAAGGGCAAGCGAUGACUUUGAGGAACCAUUGUCAUUAUAACCGAGCAUUUGUGUUUGUGUAGGAAGCAGGAUUGCUUCUGCUGUUUCAUUUGCUCCUACUUUAUGAAGUAUAUUUAAAUUUGUUCAUCCUUCCUUAGA